GGUGGCCUCUGCUUAAAGGGGCAGACAUUUUGUUUUUUGAUGACCGUAUUCUUUCCGUCAGUGCUGUGAAUGAUGUUCCCAAACGAUUUCGUGAAAAUUUCUCUCAACAAAAGCGAGUAACGAUAAAACGAACUAGGCUGGUUAUUCGCAAAUCUGAGCAAAUCACAAAGGAAGACGCAAUUAAAGCAAUAACGAGGCAGGCCGAAAUCAUACGGCACACUUGAGCUCUGUGGGAAAGCAGUGCUUAUACUAGAAAUUACCCAAACACAGUGAAGACCGUCUAUACCACACCAGCAGAAUGGGCAAUCGUGAUGAUGAAUAUGAUUAUUUAUUCAAAGUUGUGUUGAUUGGAGACUCGGGUGUCGGAAAAAGUAACCUGUUAUCGAGAUUCACUAGGAAUGAGUUUAAUCUUGAAUCUAAAUCAACAAUAGGUGUGGAAUUUGCUACGAGAAGUAUAGAGGUGGACGGUAAAACCAUUAAAGCCCAGAUAUGGGAUACUGCUGGACAGGAGCGCUAUCGUGCGAUAACUUCGGCGUACUAUCGCGGUGCAGUAGGUGCUUUGCUCGUGUACGAUAUUGCGAAGCAUUUGACCUAUGAGAAUGUUGAACGAUGGCUGCGAGAGCUACGCGAUCAUGCUGACCAGAAUAUCGUCAUCAUGCUCGUCGGAAACAAGAGUGAUUUACGGCAUCUCCGUGCCGUACCCACGGAUGAAGCGAAGGGUUUCGCAGAGCGCAACGGACUCAGCUUCAUUGAAACGUCGGCAUUGGACUCAACCAAUGUCGAAACAGCAUUCCAAAAUAUACUCACAGAGAUCUACCGAAUUGUAUCGCAAAAGCAAAUUCGGGAUCCACCAGAAGGCAGUGUGAUUAGACCGAACUUGGAAAACAUCGACGUGAAGCCGACCAAUCCGACGACUGAUUCCGUGCGAAAACAAUGCUGCCAGUGACCGCCGCAAGCAGAAGAGACGUCCGUUCAUGAUGCUGUGUAUUCAGUAAUAACAUCAUCCAGCACUACUAUUACUACUACAACUACAGAUAGUACUGCAAGCACUACUACUGCUACCGCCAACACGGUUACUGCAUCUAAUAUUACAGAAAAAGCUAAAAUUAAAUACAAUAUUGCUCCAAAUGAAACUAUUACUACUACCACAACUACUACUACUACCACCACCACCACCACCACGAACGCCACUACAAGGAGGGUAACAAUGGUCGGCACCAUGCGUAAUGACGUUAUUUCAAAAGAUGAUCGCUUCAUGUUGGACACUACCACCAAUAUCCGGGAAAAGGAGCCAUCCACAUUUGAUGGUAAUUAUAAUGCUGGUGGAAUGCUUCUAAUCUGAAGCAUUUUGUUUGGAUGUCAGACGGCAAAUAUCCUGAAGCAUUCCCCUUCCUUUGCAAAAACGGUGCAAAAUGAAAGUGUAUUACACUUUAGAGCAUUUUAUAGCGAUGAUUUCUUAUUGCAGCAAUACGGAAAAAAAGGAAAUAAUUUUUGUGCGUUUGCUUUGUUCUACUUAAUCUUUUUUUUUUCUUUAGAAAACACAAAAAGUUUAAUUGUCUUUGAAUUUGGAGCUUUUGUCGAAGAGUAAACAACCUCUAGUGCUUUUUAUUCCAUAGAUGCGACGAUGUGAAUUGUAGAGCUAUGCCAAACCACGGUGGACAAUUUAUUUACUGUUGCACUCAAGGGUGUUUUACACAUUUCAAAUAGCAUGAAUGGUGAAAAUCCGCUUGCGCACUUUGGAGCGGUUUUGUAAUAAGAACAAAAAGAGAAUAUGCUAGUGAUGAUUUUUAAUAUCUCUCUUUUGCAACAAACAAAAGAGAUAAAUUAUGGAAAUGAACACGAAAUAACAAUAGAGAAAUGUUUUCCUAAAAUAUUGAUCAAUUGUAUAAAAUCAUGUAGAUCAUGUAUAAGGGAAUCAAAUACAUAUUUCAAUAGAACACCGGGAAAUAUAUAACAUUAUAUAAUAACUCUAGUGAGUGAGUGUCAGUCCCUUUCAUGCCCAGAGGAAAUUCAGCAGUGGUGCUUCCACCAGAAAGGAAACCAUUUCAUAACUCCCUUCAGCAAAUUGAAUCUGGGCGAGUGUCUACUACGAAAUUGGAGAGGUAGAAUCGUGCUCUAUUCAGCAUUAACGAAAGAUGUUCCAGUAUAUUGUUUCGAAGCGUUGUUUUUUUCAACAACCUUUGCUGAUAGGUGGUUUGUUAUUGAUGUUAUAAACAUCGGACAUAACUCGCGGCUUCGUUAAGCGGCUUAUCGUACAAUGUACAUCUCUACGCUUUUCAUGUGCACCAACGAUCACAAUCGAUAGUGAAAAUUCAGUCCUGAAAAGAAUAACAAUUGGCGGCAAAUGUGCGGUACAUAGUUGAUGGCAAAAUGAGGAAGCUUUGUUGUGUGAUGGCUUGAAAAAUCAAAACAAAUAAGUAAAAGAUGUGUUUUAAUGUAAGGGAAAUAUCACUAGAUAAUGUUUUGUUUUCAUUCAAAGUUCAAAAUAAAGAGGAUGGAAUAACGGAUGAAAUUGAAGAAGCGUGAGCAUAUUGUGAUAUUGUUCAAUGUCGCAAUUUAUUGUUGCUUUCCGUUCUAUAAUACUUUCCCUGAUUGAUGCCUAAAACCUUAAGGAAGUUGUAAUUCGUAAUAUAUCUACAUAUUGGUAAGUAGAGUGCUGGCGGGUGUGCAAGGAUUCGAAGUAAAACAAUAGAAUCAAUUAGAGUUAUCACCAUGCGUAAUAAUACGGGCAUCAAUGAACAGUAAAAUUUCAUAAAUUAUUUAAAGAAAAACGUAUGUAGCCCAGCCAGUGCAAUUGAAUCCGAAUUGUAAAACAAUGAAGAGAAAUAGAAUUUAAAUAGCUUGCAAAUGGUAGAAGCAAACACAUCACAAACGAUUAUACAAUUUUAAUGCACCCGUUUGUAAAUGUCUGCAUAGAAAGGAAUAUAACAUUGAAUUAUAAUCCACCAAAUUUGAGCAAAAUGAAAUACAAUCUUUAUCUGUUCGCACAUAGUGGAGACAGUAAUGAGCGGAAAUAUUGUUAUGCACUCCAAAAGGAGAUCAGCAUGAGACGUCUAGCAACGAAUACAGCCACUGCACACGGGGUAAUGGAUGUAAGUAAGUAAAAGGAAUAGAUAGAUAUACGAAGUAGUUGGUCUCGGUGGGCGAUUUAUUUUGCCAUUGACAUCGUUUAACAGCAAAAACCCGAAAAUCAUUGUAGCUAUAGUGCAGAAAACAGAAGAAUCAUCUUACGAAAAAACAUUAUACUUUAUUAUGUUUAAUGCUCAUCGAGUUUGAAAUGAUAAUUAAAGAAGUUAUGAUAUUACUGGUGUCCGCAGAAGUUACGUCACUUGUUUUAGUCAUGCAUAUUCCAUAGUAAGGAAAAUGUAAAAUCUGUCUGAUAAAAUCGGAUAGUUCCAUCAUUCGUUGAGUCCAACUUGCUUCAGUUGAAUAAAUAAAUAGUAAAAUAAAAUAUGUUUUAAACCCGCACAAUGUUCACUU